AUGUCUGGACAGCUAACCAACAACCCAGAGCACGUGCCAAUGGCGGACAAGGAGACCUCUGUCUUCCAAUUUGCCCACAAAGAUACCUCGGUCUCGGUGUCACAGCGGCGCAAGUCUCUUGAGACAGAGGAUCCGCUGGCAACAGAUCACACAGGGGACAUAGUCUGGCCCACGGCAGUUGCUUUCUGCAGGUAUCUGUGCGACAAAAAGCUUGACCUGGAAGGCAGACGAGUCCUGGACUUGGGGGCGGGCACAGGCCUGGUUGGGCUGGUGGCGCAUCGACUGGGGGCAAAGAGCGUGACGUUUACGGACGUGCCACGCGUUCUCCCGCUUUUGAAUAGGAACGUGACUCUCCAUUGCAUCGCGGAUGCAACCAGCAAGGUCGCGCGACGCAAGCCCGCUGGCGAGGCGAUCGUCCGGCCUUUGUUCUGGGGGAGGGAAGAAGCCGAAGAAUUGGUUCAGGAACGAGGUCACUUCGACCUGGUCAUGUGCUGCGAAGUGGUGUACCAGCAGCCACAGGAGACCUGGCGGACGCAUAGUGUUUGCCUACCAACAUCGCGACGGCGCAGAGGUAACGGAUGCGCGCUUCUUCGAGACCCUGGAGGAGGCUUGCGGUGUGCGCCUGGAGAGCCAGGAAUCGCUGAGUAA